AUGGCCAACGUCAACACAAAUGAAGAAUACAUCAGUGAUUCUUCUUCUGAUUUUACUGAGUAUUGGAUAGAUUUAUUCUUAGGUAUAAAGGGGAAUGAAUACUUCUGUGAUAUUGACGAAGAAUAUAUCCGUGACAGAUUUAAUUUAACAGGAUUGAACCAGGAAGUGAGUAAAUUGCCUACGUUGAUUGAUAUAAUAACGGACUUGGUUGAUAUAGAACAACAACCAGAGGAACAUAAGGAUGCUUUGGAGCUCAAUGCCAGAAUAUUGUACGGGUUGAUUCAUGCUAGAUAUAUUUUGACAUCCAGAGGCUUGAAUAAGAUGUUCGAAAAGUACAGAAAUGGUGACUUUGGAUAUUGUCCUAGAGUUCACUGUCAGUUACACCCUUUGUUACCGGUCGGAUUGAAUGACCAGCCUAGAUUGGCGUCAGUCAAGUUAUAUUGCGCUAAAUGUGAGGACUUGUAUAACCCUAAGUCUGGAAGACAUUCUGUGGUAGAUGGAGCGUACUUUGGUACAUCGUUCCCUGCAAUGUUUUUCCAGAACUUUCCCCAAGUAAUACCUACGCAUGUCAAAGAAACAUAUGUGCCAAAGGUUUUUGGCUUCAAAUUGCACGAUUAUUCCAAAUUGAACAGAUGGCGGGAGUUACAACGAGUUAAGUUAGAGAAAAGAUUAGCUAAAGAUGGUAUAAAAAUUGAUAACGUUGUAGGAGGCUUUAUCUCUAAUAAGCAGAGUGACAAAAAAGAGGCCGAGGCCUAA